GCUGCCGAUCUCGCUGUUGACAGUAAAAGCAGAUAUGUUCCUUGCUCACUGCUAUUAGCACUGACCAUGACCCUUCACACCAAAACCUCUGGAGUUACUCUGCUGCACCAGAUUCAAGGCACUGAACUGGAAUCACUGAGCAGACCUCAGCUGAAGAUACCCCUGGAAAGAUCGCUCAGCGACAUGUACGUGGAGAGCAACAAGACAGGAGUUUUUAACUACCCAGAAGGAGCCGCUUAUGAUUUUGGUACUACAGCUCCAGUGUACAGCUCUACAACUCUCAGUUAUGCCCCUACUUCUGAAUCUUUUGGGUCCAGCAGUCUGGCAGGAUUUCACUCACUGAACAAUGUUCCGCCAAGUCCAGUGGUGUUCUUGCAAACGGCACCCCAACUCUCACCCUUCAUCCAUCAUCACAGUCAACAGGUACCCUAUUACCUUGAAAACGAGCAGGGCAGCUUUGGGAUGAGGGAAGCUGCUCCUCCAGCCUUCUACAGGCCAAGCUCUGACAGCAGGCGCCACAACAUCCGGGAGAGGAUGUCCAGUACUAACGAGAAAGCGAGCCUGUCCAUGGAGUCAACCAAGGAGACCCGCUACUGCGCUGUCUGCAACGACUAUGCUUCAGGCUACCAUUAUGGUGUCUGGUCUUGUGAGGGCUGCAAAGCUUUUUUCAAAAGGAGUAUUCAAGGGCACAAUGACUAUAUGUGUCCUGCUACUAACCAGUGCACCAUUGACAAGAACAGAAGAAAGAGCUGCCAGGCUUGCCGACUAAGAAAAUGCUAUGAAGUGGGAAUGAUGAAAGGUGGAAUACGGAAAGAUCGCAGAGGGGGGCGAAUGAUGAAACAAAAACGACAAAGAGAGGAGCAGGAUUCCAGGAAUGGGGAAGCUGCUUCUACAGAGCUGCGAGCUCCCACCCUUUGGACAAGUCCACUGGUGGUUAAACAUAACAAGAAGAACAGUCCAGCCCUGUCUCUGACAGCAGAACAGAUGGUCAGUGCCUUGCUGGAAGCUGAGCCACCCAUAGUUUAUUCGGAAUAUGACCCGAAUAGACCAUUCAAUGAAGCCUCUAUGAUGACCCUGUUGACCAACCUUGCAGACAGAGAAUUAGUGCACAUGAUCAACUGGGCAAAGAGAGUUCCAGGAUUUGUGGAUUUAACACUCCAUGAUCAGGUCCAUCUACUGGAAUGUGCCUGGUUAGAGAUACUGAUGAUUGGCUUAGUCUGGCGCUCCAUGGAACACCCAGGGAAGCUUUUAUUUGCACCUAACCUAUUACUGGACAGGAAUCAAGGUAAAUGUGUAGAGGGCAUGGUGGAAAUAUUUGACAUGCUGCUGGCUACUGCUGCUCGGUUUCGCAUGAUGAAUCUUCAAGGGGAGGAAUUUGUGUGCCUUAAGUCCAUCAUCCUGCUCAACUCUGGUGUGUACACUUUUCUAUCCAGCACUUUGAAAUCUCUGGAAGAGAGAGACUAUAUUCACCGUGUUCUGGACAAAAUCACAGACACUCUGAUACACUUAAUGGCUAAGUCAGGUCUUUCUCUGCAGCAGCAACACAGACGACUGGCUCAGCUCCUUCUCAUCCUCUCUCACAUCAGACACAUGAGCAACAAAGGAAUGGAGCACCUCUACAAUAUGAAGUGUAAAAACGUAGUUCCACUUUAUGAUCUCUUGCUGGAGAUGCUGGAUGCUCACCGACUGCAUGCCCCAGCAGCCAGGGGUGCUGCACCUAUGGAAGAGGAGAACCGGAGCCAGCUGACAGCUGCAUCAGCUUCAUCUCAUACCUUGCAGUCUUUUUAUAUAAACAGCAAAGAAGAGGAGAAUAUGCAGAAUGCAAUAUAA